AGACAACACAACCACGUUCUUUCUGAAACAAAACGUGUAGCCAACAGAACAGUAGAGGAGACUGACGAAAACAGCGGUGUAGUUUCAGCCGGUUUCAACUACCAACGUGUGAUAUAGUCUCUACCCGCUGAAGGGACUGUUAUGGAGACCCAACUGAAGGAGGCGCCCGUGGUACCGGAGGUUGUGCCGGAGGUGGCGCCCGUGGUGCCGGAGGUGGCGCCCGUGGUGCUGGAGGUGGCGCCGGUGGCGCCCGUGGUGCCGGAGGUGGCGCCCGUGGUGCCGGAGGUGGCGCCGGAGGUGGUGCCCGUGGUGCCGGAGGAGGCGCCCGUGGUGCCGGAGGUGGUGCCGGAGGAGGCGCCCGUGGUGCCGGAGGAGACAUUUGUUUUUCCCACAGCUCUUCAGGAUUCCACGGAGACACAUGCUGACAGGGUUAGAUCUCUGAAUGGAACCAGCCCAGAGCUCUGGGAGGACGCAAACUCCACUGAAGCUGAAUCUCAGGAACCGGCAUCUGGGACCCAAGACAGACGCUUACAAGGACAGUUACCUGAAAGAGCAGAGGACAUGGAAGUGAUAGAGAAUGUCACACCCCUUGACCCCCCCGAGGUACUCCUGCCCUUAAGGGAUCGAGUGUCUGUUGGGCAUCAGAGUGACGAGAGCAGCUCCUCCUCAGACAGUGAUUCUUCCUCAUCUUCCUGUGUGACGCUGGCUGCUGUAUUGGGAGAUGUGGAUGAUGAUGAUGAUGAAGAAGAAGGCUUUAGGAGAGAAAAGAAACCCAUUCCCAUUAAAACAGUGGAUGAGAUCCUACCCGAGGAGUUGCCAGAAGUAGAGGAGUUGUUAGUGGUUCUGCCAGAGGAGGCGGAGCUCCUGCCGAUGGGAACAGUCACCAGCAUAAUUGAACAGCUGGUGGUCGUACAGUCGUUAAAGGACACCCCGCCCCUAAAGGACGACAGUGUUAUCUUUAACUCUGAGAGGCUGGCAGUGGGCAAGGUAUUUGAGGUUUUUGGUCCAGUCUCCAGUCCUUUCUAUGUGUUGAGGUUUAACUCAGAUCGUGACAUCAUCAACAAGGGUGUGAAGCUGAGAGACUGCCUGUUCUACGCCCCGUCUCUCACAGACUACACCCUCUACAUUCUCACAGAGCAGCUACGCAUGUUGAAAGGCUCUGAUGCAUCCUGGAAGAAUGACCAGGAGCCCCCCCCAGAGGCAUUGGACUUCAGUGAUGAUGAGGCAGAGCAGAUGAUGAAGAGGAAGAAGAAGGGGAACAUCCAGAAGAGAGAGAGAGAAAGAGGACAGAGGACUGAACAACCAGAUGGAGUUUCUGUCACAAGAUCACAGAUGUCCCAGAGGCCUUUGCACAAGAGUCGUCCCCCUCACCGUGACAACUGGGGUCCUCCCCCUCGAUAUGAAGGGGCAUCUUUCUACCCCCCGCCCCAACACUCACACCCCCAGUCCCACUAUUCCUACCCACCCCCUUAUCAGCCACAGUCCUUCCCUCUGUACCCUCCUCCUCCACCACACCUGUCCUUCCCAUGGCCCCCUCCACACUCUCAACCAUACCACUCUCUCCCCUUCUCUCACCUCCCCCCUCCCCCCCCCUCCUCCCCCACCACACUCGGGUCUGUAGCCCUUUAGUACAGACACACACAGCCGAACACUGCUGUACAUCUACAAUAUCAUCUACAGAAUUAAUGUUUGAAAACCUAUGUUAGACAGUGUUCAAAAAUGUUAUACAGGAAAAAAUACUUUCUUAUUUAGUCAAAUCUGUGACAUAAUGUAAUUAAUAUGAAAGCAAACUUGUUUUGUCUACAGCUUUACAAAUAAAUGUUCUACAGAAUGUGGUAAUGCUAAAAACCAGAUCAAAUAUUUUUUUAACAGCAGCAUUAUGGUGAUUAAGGAUUUCACCGUCUGUUAGCUUAAGGGAUGCUUAUUCAUGGAUUGUUUUCCGUAUUCAUGUCAUGAAUAAACAUGACUGUGACGUC